UCCCUGCGUGUAUUGGGCACGUCGCCCCUCCCUCCAGCGAAGCUCCGUCGUGCUGUCCCACUACAGAUCGCCGAAACGAUUUCAGCACCGGGACAGAUCCUCGACUGUCUAAUGGCAACAUGGCGACGGAGUUCCACAACCUGCAGGAGAUGCAGCUCAGCGCCUCCCUGGCCACUAAGGUGUUCAUCCAGAGGGACUACAGUGAGGGGACUGGCUGCAGGUUCCAGAGGAAGCUGCCCUCCGAGCUGGAGAGCAGGAUCGAGCGCACCCUGUUUGAGGACACGGUGAAGACGCUGAAUAGGUUCUACGCGGAGGCGGAGAAGAUCGGGGGCCAGUCCUACCUGGAGGGCUGCAUGGCCUGUGCCACGGCCUACGUCAUCUUCCUCUGCAUGGAAACCCGCUACGAAAAGGUGCUGAAGAAGAUCUCCAGGUACAUCCAGGAGCAGAACGAGAAGAUCUACGCCCCCCGUGGCCUGCUCCUCACCGACCCCAUCGAGAGGGGCAUGAGAGUGAUUGAGAUCUCCAUCUUCGAGGACCGCGGCUCCAGCAGCUCCAGCUCGGGCAGUAGCUCCACCUCCAGCAGCAGCGGCCGGUGACUGGAGGAGCAGCCCCAGGGCUACGGGUACAGGGGGGCCGGGGGGCUCCCCAAGAUCCGCAUGCUGAAACAUGAGAGCACCCGCUUCUGAACCCGGGGAACGGGGGGCGCACCCUUACCCCGAAACGUGCCAACAGCCAAUCACAAAGCCAGGAGCUGGCACACUCACACACACAAACUCACACAUAC